UGCGUGGACCGACCAAAAGUUCUGGAUGGAGUGGGCGAAGAGGUCCUACCGCGAAGGCCUGAUGCGCGGGCGGGGUAAGCUCCCCAAGGCGAGGUCCAUUCUCAUCAUGGACAACUUGCACGCUCAGACGACGGACGAGAUCAUGGAGUAUCUUGCGACGCAAUUCAACACUCUCGCCUGGUAUGGCCCUUCGGAGUGCGCGGACGAGGUGCAGUCAGUUGAUGCAGGAGCCGGGCGAUUUCUCAAGGUGGAAGUUGGGAGGAAGAUGGACACAUGGCUCGAGCAGUCGGACAACCUCGAGAGGUGGGAAAUCGCGUCGCUGACAGCUUCUGAUCGGCGGGUACUGAUUACUCGGUGGAUUGGAGCGGCCAUGGCAAGACUCAACAGCCAACAGGCGUUCCGAUACCGCCUUUUCGAAAAGUGCGGGAAGACCAUCACCGUGGAUGGCUCAGGCGAUGAUCGAAUCACCUUGGAGGGUCUGGACAAGUCGUACACCUUCGCAAACGAUAUAGACAGCAGCGAGGACGAACAAGGUUCGGAGAACGGCAGCGAUGAACCUGAGGAGCGGGGGAAGGAGGGCGAUGGAGGACGUGAGAAGGUCGUGGAGGGCGCUGACUCCAGCGAUGAAGACGACACCAACGAGCUAGCUCUUCUGGACGACGAGGACAUCAUGUACCCGCAAGACCCGGAGGAUGAGAUACAGGGAAUGGAGAUCUCGGCAGGCUUUCGUAUUCAAGAAGCUAGCCCCAUUGCUCUUGAUAGAUUGCUUUUGCGACGUGGAGCACUCAAGGACACUCGCCACCUGUACGACUACUGUGUUCAGCUGGAGCUAGACGAGAGUACGCGCAAGAUGAAGUUGCCCUUAGACAAGUACAGCGGAGAUCCGGAUGCGGCUGUAGGCUCCUGGGUUUUGCUUGAGAGUGUUAGUAGAUCGGGAAGGGUACGCAGGACCAGCUUCCGAAUUGUGCACCAAGAAGGUUGA